GAUUGUAGAACUAUGUCAACAUGUAGGUUGUCUUAUUGUUGUUGAUUUUUGUGUAUGAGUUCUUAGCUCUGACCUUUCUUGUUGCUUGCUGGGUGGACUAGCUACAGGGAAGUACGAAACUCUGUUUUAGCUCCAACUUGCUUGUAAAAGUCAUCUUUUCAUCUUGUAAUUGCUCCCUUUGCAGCAUGUCGAUAAAUAGCUACUUUUUGAAAAUGUCUUGCAGGUGAAUUCUGCUUCUUUGUUGUCUCCAUCGGUGCAGUCUUUUUACCACUUAAGCACUCUAUCAUACUACAGGACCGUUAUAUAAUAUCAAUAGGCGUAACAUACGAAGUUCAUGGCUAAUAACUACGACCAACCUCUCCCUCCUGGUGUUCAGUGCUUACCAAAUUCUUCACAACAGUUAGCCUCUUCAAAUCUAUCUGCCCAGCAUCCUCCUCAGUCUUUCCAAAAUUUUGUUAAUGUUCACCAACAUUCUUACUAUGCCGAGAACAAUUUCUACCAUAUUCACCCUUCUAAUGUGGGCCAUACUCCUCCCUCUGGAAACUCUCGUCCACAGUAUAGUCCUCAUCAUGCACCUUAUGCGCCUUCAUUGUCUUGUCAAUUCCCGAUUACAUAUAAUACCACUACUGGCUCUGAAACUUCUCAGAUAGGUGGAGAUUCUUUGGAAGGUAAUAGUAAAGGAUUGUCUGGCCAGUUGGGCUGUUCUGAACCAUUAAAAGCUCAACAAGAUCAUGUUUCAUAUGAAGAGCAGCAAGGGAGAGCACAAGAGGAAAAUGGUCAUCGUGAUACACCCAAUCACUCGAGCAUGCAAUUUGGAAAUUCUAAUGAUAUUGAAAUUGCUGCUCARGAUGCGGUGCUACGGGAACAAGAAAUUGUGACGCAGAAAGUUAUACUUGAUCAAAGAGAAGCAAGGGCUGCAAGUGGAUCCCAUGAGGAGAACUCUGACAUCUUCUCCGGACGUCAUGAUCCUAGUGCUAUAAAGGAACAUCUACUGAAGAUAACAACAGAUCAUCGUUCUCAGAUGGCCUUAAAGCGUGGCAAACCUGCCUCUUCAGAAGGUAAUGUGGAGAUUGGAAAUGGGUAUGGUGUACCUGGUGGAGGUGCUUAUUAUGGUGCUUCAAGGUCUAACACUGUUUCAUCUGGAAGUAAUGGCAAUGAAAAGCAUGAAUCAGGCCAAAGCAUAUCUGAACAGCCUAAACAAAAACCUAAUUCCAAUGAUUUGCCKGAGUACCUCAAGCAAAAGCUGAAAGCUAGGGGAAUUCUGAAAGAUGAACCUGUUAAGGAUGAUACCAGUACUGUAUCUGAUAAUAAGUUGAAGAAUCAAGUCAGGCAAUCACAUGAAAUCAAGACGCCUGCAACAUUACCACCAGGAUGGAUUGAAUCUAGGGACCCAACAAGUGGUUGUGUCUUCUAUUACAAUGAGAAGUCUGGAAAAAGUCAGUGGGGAAGACCUACCGGGACUUCCUUGAACUCACAGCCACCAUCAUCUACGUUUCUUCCAGACGACUGGCAAGAGGUACUGGAUGAGACAAGUGGUUGUAAAUAUUACUACAACUCCAAAAGCAACAUAUCACAGUGGGAACRCCCAGGUUCAUCACAGAUUUCGGCCCUCGGUCAUCAAGGCAAUAUAGAUUCUGGAGAUGCUGCUAAACCCAAAUCUAGUGACCAGUCAUUAGAGCAAAAAAAAUGUUUUGGAUGUGGUGGUUGGGGAGUAGGCCUUGUACAGUCAUGGGGUUAUUGCUGUCACUGCACACGGAUCCUCAACCUUCCAGAAUGCCAGUACCUGUCUAUGUUUGCUGCAAGCCAAAAUCAAGCCACCAAUGAUGCAACUAAUACAGAAGAUUUGGGCAAAGGKCUUUCUAAGCCAAGUAGGUCGACCAUGAAACCCCCAUUAGGAAAAGGAAAUAAAAAGGACAGCAAAAAGCGUGCUUAUGCUGAGGAUGAUGAAUUGGAUCCAAUGGAUCCAAGUUCAUAUUCAGAUGCUCCUCGUGGUGGCUGGGUUGUUGGUCUGAAAGGAGUACAACCACGAGCGGCAGAUACUACUGCAACGGGUCCUCUCUUUCAGCAGCGACCUUAUCCAUCACCUGGUGCCGUCCUACGAAAAAAUGCUGAAAUAGCUUCGCAGAGGAAGAAACCCAAUUCAAACUAUGCACCAAUAUCCAAAAGAGGAGAUGGAAGUGAUGGCCUUGGAGAUGCUGAUUGAAAAUUUGCAUCUUGUAAAGUUCAAAUCUUUACAAAUUUUAGUUUCUAGUUUUUGCCGGUGGUCUAUCCAUAAAAUAAUCUGCUUAUAGAUCAACAAGCUUCCCUUUGCCCAAGAAUCACAAGCCCUUYGAAAAGUUCAUGACUUUCCUGACAGAUUUUGAGGCAAAGGCGUUCUUAAAUCUGUCUGAAGGUUAUUAUCUGGUUGUSACCAUCGAAAGAGUCCCAUGGAAACCCAGAGAGGCUGGAAGGACCAAAUGRAGGGACAAGGGUAAAAGUUGUGUUCCUAAAGAUCAUGGUACAUGGCUAUGGCCUGCCAGCUAUGUCCCAACUUCAGGACUCCAAACUAGAAACAUGAGCAUGGUUGGUUGGUGGAUGCAAAGCUUUUGGUUUGUUUGUAAUAUGAAAUUGAUGAAGGUCAAAUUGGAAUCAGUUCAUGAUUAUCAUG